AGCCAGAUUGCUAUGGCCACUCAGCUCCAUGGCAUUGGGGACCUCAUCAAGCGCUUGGAGGCCAUCGCCGAUGCCUGCGGUGAAAAGAAGAAGGAGGAUCAGCCAAAGGAUGAAUUUCUGCGCUUGAAGCAGAGAGUCUAUGUGCUGCUGGAAGAAGCGCGGAAAGACAUUCACGAGCGGCAGAAGCUCUUGAACAAACGUGGCAAUUGCAAGGAAACCAUCGAGAAGGGCCACUCUGUGAGACAAGCUUUGGAAGAGCUGAGGCGUGCCCUGCCAAAGCUACAAGCUCUUCACAAGAAGGCCCAAAACCAGCGUGGUGCCAAGGGUCGGAAAGAGGAACUCCAAGCACGCUAUCAGGACAUCCGGAUCUUAAAGAGACAUGUGGAUGAGCUCAACGAGUUGUUCGUCAGCGGUCAGGCUGCCGAGGAGACGCCAUCUGCUAACCUCUUUGGACGACCGAGCGGCGUCGGUGGACUUCGUGAACUUGGCCGUGCCAGUCCUGAGGAUACCCGGCGGGACCUCACAUCUCAGGAGGAAGAUGCCUUAGCUGCCAUGAAGCGGCGAGAUGAAGACAUCGAGAAACAACUCAGUGAGGUGGGACAGGCCUUGGGUCGCUUGGACCCGUUGGCACGGCAGAUUGGACAAACAGCAGAGCGACAUCGACUUCGAGCCGAGGCAUUGACUGCAGAGGUUGACAAGACCGAAGGGGAUAUGCAGAUGCUCAACAAGCGAGUGACUGAAGUGAUGCGCUACGAGCGAAACACCUCGUGCUGUUGCCAAAUUGUCCUAAUGGUGGUCCUUCUCUGCUGCGUCGGCUUUAUCUUUCAGCAGCUGACGUAGCUUCGCGCCCGCAGCCUGUCGCACAGCCUGUCGCACAGCCUGUCGCACAGCCUGGCACGCCCGGAAGUGGAUUUGCCAGGGCACCUCAGGGCGUCGCGCAUCAAGGUGCUGCAGGUGCCACAUGCAUCACUGCAUCACCACAUCACACUGCUCGCUUUUUCGCCGUUGUACAGCACUUGGCAUAGAAAGCCACCAGUGCCUUUGCCAUAGCUCCUGCUGUGGAAAACAACCUCAUGCGUCCUAUUGGAGACUGGCAAGAAGUCUUCAACAGUUUGCGCCAUGUUUAACAAGAGUUUGGGAACAUGUUGUCGGCUUCACAAACAGGCGCGUGUUCGCGCGCGCAAAA